AUGCGGGAGUUGACGCAUAGUGAGCUUCAUACUCGCCAGUUGGCAAAGAAAGAAGCCAACAAGAGAAAAGCCUCCAUGAAGCAGGAAAAAACUGCCAGGAAGAAGGGAUUGGCUUCCUUUAUACAAGAAAUAUCCCCCAUGCAGCAUGGAAAAGGCAAACAGAAGAAAACCCAAGAAGGACCACAAACCGAAAACUUGGCGGAAGGACGUAGAGAGCUUUUGGAUAUUGUGGAGUGCCUCCUCGACACAAACAAAGCAGAACUAUGA